AUGGGAGAGAGAGAUGAAGAAGAAGAAAGCACUUGUGCCACAACUACUGGUAAUAAGAGUAUUGGAUUCCGACGCCAGUCAUCUACUAGUGGGCCAAAUGUGUCGAAUGGGACGCGAACUCAGAACCGGCUUUCCAUCGUUGAAUUGCCGACCGGAGCCCGACUCAGACAACGCCGUCGGGCCGUUGAGAUCACAGAUCAGCGAACGUGUGUUUUAUUGCAUUCAAGGCUUAAAGGCAUGAAAUUAGAAGACAUCGCUCUGCAAGCAUUGAGUGCCGAAGUGGGUGCGGGUGCGGGCAGUGAAGUGAGUGGCGACCAUUCUAGCGGUCAGAGUCACAGGCGUUUGACUGCAUUGUAUAACAGCUACGGCACAGACAGUGGGGCCAUAAGUGAGGCACGAAAUAUGGCUAAAAGGAGAGCCAUUCAGUCGGGCGUUGGCGGCGGUGGACCGGCCGGAGCCAACAUCAAAGGACCUACUUCGCUCUUCAUUUUCACUCUCGAGGAACACCUGCCGAAGAAGGACAGAACGCCGUUGUCUUUAAAACUGGAAACGUCUGAGCCUUACUUUUUAGGCAUAUUCUGUGUGGAGGCAACACUCAAAAUAUUAGCCCUAGGAUUUAUAUUACAUAAGGGAUCAUAUCUUAGAAAUGUUUGGAAUAUAUUGGACUUUAUAGUAGUAUUAACAGGGUUUAUAACCUUUUAUGCUCCUGCUGAAAAGCAAAUGCUAGGCGGUGUAGAUUUAAAAACAUUGAGAGCCAUUAGAGUAUUAAGACCUUUGAAGCUGGUGUCAGGGGUGCCAAGCCUUGACUUCUAUGAGGGGGCCCUCCAUAAGACAUGCUUCAGUUUGCCCGAUGAAACUGUUAUAUACCGAGAGGGUGACGCUCUGGAGACGCCGUGCACAAUGUCGCCCCCGGAUAAGGCACCCAAAGGCGCCUAUUCCUGUCCUAAUCACACCAUUUGCAAAGAGGGUUGGGAGGGACCCAACUAUGGCAUCACAUCAUUUGAUAAUAUAUUUUUCGCAAUGUUAACCGUAUUUCAGUGCAUUACAAUGGAGGGAUGGACCAGCAUACUUUACUGGACUAACGAUGCGAUGGGAAGUUCAUAUAAUUGGAUAUACUUUGUGCCACUCAUUAUUCUGGGCUCAUUCUUUAUGCUCAAUUUAGUAUUGGGUGUUUUGAGCGGAGAGUUUGCAAAGGAGAGAGAAAGGGUUGAGAACAGACAGGCAUUCCUGAAGUUACGCCGACAGCAGCAGUUGGAAAGAGAGUUAAACGGUUACGUCGAAUGGAUCUGCAAAGCAGAGGAAGUGAUUUUGGCUGAAGAGAGGACUACAGAAGAGGAGAAAAUGCACAUAAUUGAAGCUCGACGAAGAGCUGCAGCCAAACGAAAAAAGCUUAAGUCUAUGCACUCGAAGAGUACGGAUGAAGAGGAAGAGGAGGAGGAGGAAGAAGAAGAAGUUUGCUUGGCUUUGAUUGGUGUGCGACAUGGGAUCAAAACACAAGCAUUUUAUUGGUUUGUAAUAUUGUUGGUCUUCUUAAACACGGCGUGCGUUGCCGUUGAACACAAAGGACAGGAAGACUGGUUAACAGACUUCUUAUAUAUUGCGGAAUUUGUAUUUCUGGGUUUAUUUAUAUGCGAAAUGUGUGUCAAAGUAUAUGCGUUGGGAAUCAAAUGCUACUUUGAGUCUGCAUUCAAUCGCUUUGAUUUUAUGGUAAUAUUUGGCAGUAUUUUUGAAGUGAUUUGGUCUGAAGUAAAGGGCGGUUCGUUUGGCUUCUCUGUGUUGAGAGCAUUACGUCUGCUCAGGAUUUUCAAAGUCACAAAGUAUUGGUCAUCGCUUAGGAAUUUAGUGAUUUCGCUGUUGGCGUCCAUGCGAUCCAUUAUCAGCUUAUUAUUCCUAUUAUUCUUGUUUAUACUGAUCUUCGCGUUGUUGGGAAUGCAGUUGUUUGGCGGCGCGUUUAACUUCGAAGAGGGCACACCUCCGGCCAAUUUUAACUCAUUUGCGAUCGCAUUGUUAACUGUGUUUCAAAUACUGACGGGUGAGGACUGGAAUGAAGUGAUGUAUAAGGCUAUCAAAUCUCAGGGCGGUAUACAUGAGGGAGGAAUGAUAUACAGCGUGUAUUUCAUUAUUUUGGUGUUGUUUGGGAACUACACACUACUCAACGUAUUCUUGGCCAUCGCUGUCGACAACUUAGCCAACGCUCAGGAGUUGACGGCCGCCGAAGAGGAAGAGGCAGAAGUGGACAGAGAGAGGAAUAAGGAAGAGAUAGAGAAGGAGAUCGCAGACCUGCACCGUCAGGGCACUAAUACAGACACUCUGGGAGACACCGAUGAUCUUGACCUCUUGCCUUCGGUCAAUAUUAUGCCUCCGUCUCCGUUGGCCAACUCGCGAGGGGGUGGAGGCGAUGCGGAUAUUAGUAAAAUCGAGUUUGAACUAGUUAAAAUUCCCAAACCUAAGCGCCCUCACAUUCAAAUGGACGAGGAAGAGGAGGAGCCGUCGGGUCCAAAGCCAAUGUUGCCCUAUUCAUCGAUGUUCAUACUGUCGUCGUCCAAUCCGGUCCGUCGGGGCGCACACUUCAUCACAAACAUGCGUUAUUUCGACGCUUUUAUUAUGAUUAUCAUUACUCUGUCGUCCAUCGCCUUAGCGGCUGAGGAUCCGGUCGAAGAGAGCUCCGACAUCAACAGCAUUCUUGUCUACUUUGACUACGCCUUCACCGGUGUAUUCACAGUAGAGCUACUGCUCAAAGUGGUUGACCAAGGUCUCUUUCUUCAUCCCGGCGCAUAUUGUCGCGACCUCUGGAACAUUCUCGACGCCAUUGUCGUCAUCUGUGCCCUCUGUGCCAUCGCUUUUGGCUUCUUUGGAGACGCUGUGAGUCCGGGUACGAAAGGGGCCGCAUCUAGUCUAAGCGUAAUCAAGUCUCUCAGGGUAUUACGUGUAUUACGACCGCUUAAAACCAUUAAAAGAGUUCCCAAAUUAAAAGCUGUGUUUGAUUGUGUGGUCACUUCACUCAAAAAUGUGUUCAAUAUCUUAAUAGUCUAUAUGUUAUUUCAAUUCAUUUUCGCUGUCAUUGCUGUGCAACUAUUCAAUGGAAGAUUCAAUUACUGUACCGAUGAAUCCAAACUGUUUGAAGUGGAGUGCGCCGGUGAAUACUAUUUAUUCACAUCAAACUCAUUGCCUCCAGUGGUGAGGAAGAGAAGUUGGGAGAAACACCCGUUUCAUUACGACAACGUUAUUAUAGCAAUGCUUACACUUUUCACUGUACAGACCGGUGAAGGAUGGCCUCAAGUGCUUCAAAACUCGAUGGACUCAGUGUUUGAAGAUCACGGACCACUUCCUCGCUUCCGGAUUGAGAUGUCCUUAUUUUACGUCAUAUUCUUCAUAGUGUUUCCCUUCUUCUUCGUCAAUAUCUUCGUUGCCUUAAUUAUAAUCACAUUUCAAGAACAGGGAGAGAAAGAGCUCGAAGAGGGAGAGCUCGAUAAGAACCAGAAGUCUUGCAUUGACUUUGCAAUACAGGCGCGUCCUCUACAGCGCUAUAUGCCUAAGGAUAAGGACUCACUUAAGUAUAAGAUCUGGCGGGUCGUCGUCUCCACCGCUUUCGAGUACUUUAUUAUGGUUUUGAUUGUUCUCAACACUAUUCUCCUUAUGAUGAAAGUAAGCAAAACAACAUUCAAUUCA